UGAAAAUAAAUGUAGAAAGCAAGAUUUGAUUUUAUUUGAUUCGAUUGGGUUGGGUUGGGUUGGCCGUUUCCAUUUUUCGGUAUGCCAUGCACUCAUUUUGGAAUUGGUCUUUGUUUGUCAAGUCGGGCGGCGGUAGACGGUGAAUAGAUAUAUGCGGAGGGUCAGGUGCUUGCAUGUCAAGCACCGAGGUGAAGAAAGGAACGAAUGCACAUGUUACUUUUAUUGUUGUUGUGUUCAGAGCAUAAGUUUCUUUUCUUGCUGUGACCGGCCACUAGAUGGAAUAUUUUGGUGGACGUGCACUCGUGUCGCUUGAGAUAGGGUUUACUUUGCCUCUGGGGAAUGGAAUAUACAUGUAUUUACAUUUGAAACAUGCCUUCUCAGUAAUUUUUGAGAAGCUUACGACUGUGUACGAAAUGGUUGGGUUCAGCACCACUCGUUGCACUCCCAAGUAUCGUCAACCAUACCGUCGCCACCGCAGUGGUGCCCCUCCGAAAGGAAGAUGGUGGCUGGCAUAGUUGGAUCUUGGUUUCCUUUUGGUGCGUGCUGUUGCUGUUGCAGCCGCUUUUGCUGCUUGUCGACCAGGAACCGAACAUCGUUCAACAGGAUUUCUGUCGCCGUGUGCCCAACGCCGAACCACUGGUGGCAGAUCUUGAGGGCCCAUGAAAGAUACACCAUUGCCUCCUCCAAUCGACCCUGUUCGUAUAGGAACCAGCCGUAACUAUGGUAGGUAUCUGUCACACAGGGGUGCCCAUAGCUCGGGAAGUUAUCGUUGUCGUCGUUACGAUUGCUUCGGCCGAUGGAUUCUUGGAUGCGAAUGGCUGCCUUGAACAGUGCUUCCUUUCUUUCGUUCAGCGAUAGCUCUUGCUUUCUCCUAUGGGUAGACCUCCUAGAGAAGUUUCUGUCGUUGUCGCCGCUUUUGGGAGGUGCCACCAUAUCUUCGUCGUCGUCGUCGUCGUUAUCGCAAUCGCUUUCAUCGUCAUCCCAUUCCAUGUCAAGGGCUUUUUCGACGAGCCCAACUGCAAUGUUCAUGAGCCCUUGUUCCGCUUCUGUGAAACUGUAUUGCUUGGCCACCGCAUUGGUGUCCAUCAGCACGUCGUCGUCGUUGUUUCCGUAGCAGGAGUCGCACCUGCAUUCCUCAAUCAAAGUGCUCUUACUGCUAUUGGCGGUGGAUCCAUAUCCCUGUUCGCGUUUGUAAUCGCAUUGGCAGUCGUCGCUUUCGUCUCUCUCUGUCGACUCAUAGCAAGAUUCGUCGUCUUCCAUGUUGUCUUCGCGCAUCAUAAUGAAUGAUCGUUCGGUCGCGGUGAAGACGGAAUUGGGAUUUACUGCAUGGAUAUUCAUAAUUUUGGGAGUUUUUUUAGUACCUCAAUUUUCAAGCAACUUAUCUCACGUUGCGAUGUCUUGCUGACUCUUAGGCGUGUGGAGUCCUUUGGUAGAAGUAUUACGUAUUAAUAGUACUCGUACUUCCGUUUGGGAUAUUUGGGAUAUCUUGUGGUUUUGUGUUCACUUGUAUUUUGUUACGAUGGCAAUCAUCAUCCUGAACAACAAAACACAGUACGUACUCGGUACACAAUUGCAUGUAAUGCCGCGACUUUAAUCGUAGUUUUUGCAUAGCGCAAGAAUUUCGUAUUUAGUACGAUUGCCGGGGCUAUCUAUUUUGAAUCAUGUCGUCGGAGUAUGCGCAGCGUAAUAGUGAAUUGCUGUUCUGGGGUGUUCGCUAACUUACGUGGUAGGUUGAAACAUCGUAGGUACAGUACAUUUGUUCUUUGGUCAUAAUGAGCGCGUGCCGAUCGUUGAUACCAGUGACGCCUUUUUUACGUUCCCAACACUCAUUGUAUUUGGGCCAGUCAUUGUGUUUGGGCGGAAGGGACAAAGGGCAAUAUAUUUUGACUUGGGAAUGGAGAAAGCAGGAAACACAGAAAAUACUGAGGAGGGUGCUACAAAUUUGGAUUAGCUAUGUGAAUUUUUCAAUUUUUUAUCUUCAAUAUUUUGAAAUAACUUCAACACUGAAUAUUCUUUAUUUAGAUUUGAAAUGAAGGAUCGUUCCAGAUCGCACGGCAUCGUUCAGUUACUCGGGACGAUGAUGCGAUGAUGAUGAUGAUGAUGAUUCAUUAAUUCUGACUAAUCGUCCGGUACUCUUUGUGAGGCAGUACCACGUAGUAAACCACGUAAAUCACGAGUAGAUAGUGAGUGAGCAGCAAUCUCAACCACUCACUCUCACUCUUUAUUGUAAUCACCGUAUUAUACCACACUAAAGAGUACCCGUACAUUUCGCAGGUUAUCUCUUAGUUUGUUCCUUCGUUCGUUUGUUAUUUCUUUAAUCCUUCAGAGAAAUUCUAAUAAUUCUAGUACAGUACCCACGUAGUACAUCGUAUUAUGUAUUACUUUGAAUUUUUACUACUAAUGAAACCUUGGACCAAAAAACUGGGUACGGUAUGCGGGCUCGAAUCCAACGCACUAAACGGCUUCAAAACUGUUUGCGCCUUGCGUGGCAACGGACCUCGAAACCAACCGAUGAGUACCAGUACUUUAGGUCAUCGUCAUCGGUCAUUGUCAACGAACUGCAAACAUCAUCAGUGCCCCCACUUUUUGUCUUGACUGAAGCAUAGUUCUAUAGAGGUCAUUAAGAACAAAUCAAGAUCCCAUAAUAUGCCUUCGAAAGAUAGAAUGGUCGGUAUGUCUCGCCAUUGCUUCUGGAAGUUGUGGUUGCCCCGAUGCAGUCAACGGAUUCAAAACGCGCGGUAAUUCGUAGUAGUAAUCAUAGUCAGAUUAUCAGAUUACUACUAGCAGGCAGGGUCAGUAUCACGGGAAUCUACACUUAAUACUACGAGUACGUGUACGACUACGUACUGUUGGUAUCCCGCGUCAAGGGGUUACGGGUGAUGAGUUUUUGUUUCAUUUGAGCAUGAUUUUUGAUUUUUGUCUUCCGAGUUGCACGAUUUGCACGAUGCGAGUACCUUUGAGGUGAAUUCUUGCAAACUUUGUACGGAAGGAUAACGUCAAAGAAGCCUCGAGUGAGGGUCUUGGCUAAUUUUACAAGAAUCCCAGUGAAUUCAUUGGAAAAGUUUCUUCACAAAAUGAAUGCCGGCACCACGGAUCCCAUCUCUCUUCGCAACAGUUCCGCGAUGGGAACAACCAUGGGAACAACUUUGGUGUUCACGAUGGGAUCCAAGGUAGGAGAAUGAGUUUUGUCAGUCCUCCACGCACGGCACCGCACUCGGAAGCAAUGUGACAUUCUCCCAUUGCGGUAAGGGUAUCAUCAAUUGUCUCGUCUGCAAUACAAGAAAUACAUGUCAGACAAAAGCGAUCAUCUAUACAAUAUUAUUGCACCCGUGCAAGACACUGAAUACGAGGAAUGAACACAAAAGCAGCACUUACUAUAACGAUCAUCUACCCUGCAUACAAACGAGUCAGCCAUUGGCUACGUACAUUACGAGGAAUACAUACAGCAUAAAAUUAUUGUUUCGAGACGAUCAUCUAUCAUUUAUAACGCGAACAGCACGGGGUAAGCAAAGUACAAGGCGUUCGACACUCUGCCUGAUUCUGGGUGUGAUCAUUGAACGGACAAACCGAACACGAAAUUGCUCGGAAGACGGAUCUGGCGGGGCGUAAUCAUCCAAUGAUCUCCGAAGCCUGACCCUUCGGCAUGGAACGGCACACCUCGAAUAACUAUUUCUAAUUGCAUAUCGGACACCGAGACAAAACAAAAAACAAGCAACAAUUUUUCUUUACACGAAACUCCAAAAGAGUCCUUCGGAUCGAUUCGAACGGUUGUUGGUAAUGUCGGGGAGGAGCAAUUCUUUUGUUCCCUUGUUCGUCUCUUAAAAACAGGCGUACUUCGGUUAACUUCACGAAUCAUCACGGAACCCCACAGCCGAAGGAAAGCACUGUACUUUACAUUCAUAACAUUAUAUUAAAUAGCAACGUAUAAAACCAAAUCCGUUUC